CCAUUGUGCCAUUGUGCCAAGCCAGAUUGCCUUGCGAGCACGAUGAUGUUCCUGGCGGCUGUGAUCCUCCUUGGUGCCAGUGCCGCUGUGGUGCAAGUGCCAUCGGGCAUCUCGGUUGCACAUCGAGAGAAGAGGGUUCUUGAUCCUGAGCAACAAGAAAGCUUCAGCUUGGAUGAUGUCAUCCAUGGAAACAAAAAGAUGCCUGGCAUGGGAGCAUGGAGCAGCAUCUUUCAGAAGCUGGGGUCCAACAAGCACAUCGACGCAGAGGCUUUGCAGAACAUGCUGCAAUCUGUUGGGGAAGAUCUUGAAGGAGCUUACGUGGACCCUGGUUUGAAGCAAGACUUGGAGAACCAGACGAUUCAGAAGCAGAUUCAGAACAUCACCGCAGACAAGGCGCUCUUGACCAAGGUUGUGCAAGAGAAUGCCAUGGUGCAGCAGAUGAUGGCAGUGAAUCCAAAGCUUGCAGAGUUGGUGAAAAGCCCAGAAGCUUUGCAACGGAUUUUGAGCCCAGAGAUUCUCCAGAAAGUGCAGCAUGGUGGUCUUGAUGAAGACACCCUCGAGAGCCUCAUGGAAACGCCCACUUCCUCAAAAUCGCUUAGUUCAGGGAAGGAGACGCAGGAGAGCAACUUGGGGAACCAGACAAAUUUGCUUCCCAAGAUGUUGUCAUCAAAUGUCCCUGCUAUGCUUCUUGAAAGUGGCUUAAUGCUGAAGCAAGUUGUGGCUGGGGAUGGCAGGACCUUUCCCAAAGAUGGCGACAAGCUCUUUGUGGAGUAUGCAGGCUACCUGCCAAAUGGUCAGCUUUUCGAUUCGACGAAGAAUGGCGACCUCUUUAGCUUUCAACUUGGUGCCUCUCAAGUGAUCCGUGGCUGGGAAGUGGGCUUGAGCCAUAUGAGCCUUGGAGAGCGAGCUGUCAUGCGAGUGCCGGCUGCUUUGGCUUAUGGCGAGGCAGGCACAGGUCCCAUUCCUCCGAAUUCGGACCUUUUCUUUGAGGUCGAACUGCAUGGCAUCAACAGCAUCAACAGCAUCAAUGCAUUGACAUCGAAUUGAUGAGGCCUCUUACGACGUGAAGCUGGCCCCAAGAGGUAUGUUGAACAUAGUGAUCAUAGAUUGCGAUCGCAGUGUGUGACGCGACGAUGGCAGGAGAAAAA